AUGGGUUAUAUAUACGUUUCUGAUAUUCGUCCUAAUGAUGGGACAAAACUGACUAUUCUUAGCGUAAGUGCUACUAUCGUGGCCCGUAUCCCUUAUCUUCAUAAUUAUAAAAGUCCCGAGUUUCUUUAUAAGUUACUUUUUUUUAAGAGACUCCGACAUUUUGAAUUUAAUCUAACAGCCGGCUCCUUUUUAGAUGCCACUAUUAACAUUUCCAUUUUGUCUAAUAUUAAGGCUGGUCUUAGUAUCUCUACUAGAAGCUUGAAUACGUUUCGUGUUAUUAUCUACGGCGAAUCACGUAGUCCUAAUAACGCACUAGGUGGUAUUAUCCACUAUAGUUUUAAUGGGACCCUAAGCCAUCCCGUUAGGAGUAUUGAAUUCGGCCAUUACGGUAACAUCACUAUAGCGUCCUUAGAUCUAACGCGUCGAGAUAAUAGUUAA